CUCGCGAUCAACUACACAAGGUUCCGUGUGACGCACAAUCGAUUUAACAUUGUAUAGUGAAAGAAUUCAUAAUUUUAGUUCUUUUUUGUGCAAAAUAGACAAAUUUUUGCCGUAGACAGAAAAAUUCGCGCAUUACUCUUGUUUUAGUUGGCAAAACCAGUAGCGACAAGUACGUUUCUUAACUGUGAAUUGCUCAACUUCUUCAAAAAAAGUAAAAAAAAAAAUUUGAAGAAUAAAUUUUAGUCAUUUAGUAACAAUCAAGAAAGAAACAUGCACCAACAAUCCCGCUGUCUCAUCAUUAAAUUUUAUUGAAAAAAAUUAAAUAUACGUUUAUCGAUAAAAAAUUCUGAUUAAAAGGUCAUGAAAGAAUAAUCGUUGAAUCUGAUAAAAUAAAAAGUGAUUGAAACAAAGAAUUAUAAAAAAAAGUUGUAAAAAAAUAAAAAUUAUGAGUGAAGAUGUGAAAACAAAGAAUAAUUUGUCAGAUCGACUGCCGGGACAAAAUUUGUCCUAUUAUGUCUCCAGAGGAAUUGGCAAACAGUUUUACAGAAUUGGAAAAUGUGUUUCAUCACAUCCAUGGCAGACGAUUAUUGGAGCUUGGACUGUGGUAGCUCUUUGCUCGCUUGGGUUUUUGCGAUUUUAUAAUGAGCGUGACCCUUUGAAGUUGUGGGUGCCAAAAGAAUCGCAAUUUCUCAAAGACACAGAAUGGAUUAUGAAUCGCUUCGAAGAAGGUACGCGCGUACAAGCGGUUCUCAUAACAGCUGAUGACGUUCUCAAGCCGGAAGUGUUGCAAAGAGCGCUAAAAGUUCACCGACAAAUUACGAGUUUUUCCAUAACUGAGAGCAAUGGAACGCGAUUUCGGUUUAGUGACUUGUGUUUCAAAAUUCCAAUAAUUGCUGAAUACACAACUUCGGAAAGGAAACCAAAAAAGCCAAGAAAUGUCAAAAACGAUUCAGCCGAAAAUUUUUUCAGUUCAAAAGAGGAAAUUACAACUGAAAAUCCGAAACCUAAAAAGAAAAAACCUUCAAAGCCCUUCGAAGCGAGUGUUGAUUUACCUUCGGAUUUCUACUGUUCCCUCGUCGAAUCCCUGCCAUCGGGAUGUUUACUCGAAAAUUUGCUCGAAUUAUGGAAUUUUGAGGACGAGAGACUUCCUCAAAGCAAAAAUGAGAUUCUUGGUGCGUUAAAUGAGACCGUCAUAAGUCCCUAUUCGGGGCAUCAAAUGGACUACGAGCAUCUUUUGGGCGGCGUGACACGCGAUGAGAGCGGAAAAAUUGUUGCUGCCAAAGCUUUGUUGGCUCGUUACAACUUGUAUGUGAAUUUUUCGCAAGCUGACUCGAGUAAAGUGGGAAAUAUGGCGGGAACGGAGGACUGGGCGAGCGAAAGUACGAUGGCGUGGGAGAAAAAGUUCCUCAAUUUGAUCUCAAAAAUGAAGAAAACGCUCGAAAACAACAGUACGGACAACUUUAAAUUGUAUUAUGCCGCUGGAAGAAGUUACGGUGAUAUUAGUAACGAAACCAUGUUCGAAGACAUCGAUAAAUUAGUCUUUGGCAUCAUUCUUAUGUUCAUUUACAUGCAAUUAGUGCUCUCCAGAUUCAGUUGGACCGAGAUUCGGAUCCAAUUAAGCUCUUUUGGUCUCAUGGCAGUCGGAAUGGGCUUCAUUGCUGGUUGCGGAAUCUGCUCCUUGCUCGGUGUUUCAUAUGGACCCGUUCACACAUCUCUCCCAUUCCUCCUUAUGGGUCUCGGAGUUGACGAUAUCUUCGUCAUGAUGGCUUGUUGGCGCAAAAUUCAAGUCACAAAUGCCGAUAAAUCGAAGGAGGAACGCUUUGGCUUGAUGCUUCAACACGCAGGUGCUUCAAUUACCGUCACAUCAAUCACCGAUAUUGUUGCAUUCUUAGUCGGUGGCCUUACUAUUUUGCCUUCUUUGCAAUCGUUCUGUAUUUAUGCCGCUGUGUGUAUUCUCAUGACGUAUUGCUUCGUCGUGACCUUUUUUGUUGCCAUCUUUGCGCUGGAUGAAAGACGAAUCGAACAAAGGCGAAAUGCUUUUGUGCCUUGUGUCAUUCAUACAGAGGAGCAAAGUAAGAUUUGGUACCAGAAAAAUUUGAUGCACACAUUUUUGGAGUACGUUUAUUCGAAUUUCAUCUUGACCAAAGUCGGAAAGAUUUUAAUAAUCAUGUCGGUUAUUUGCACCACUGGACUUAACAUCGAAAGUCUCUUACACUUGAGACAAAAAUUUGAUCCAUCAUGGUUUAUCCCGCCAAACACAUAUUUAGGUCAAUAUACGAACGAAACUCGUGUUUAUUACCCGGAAAUGGGUUCAGAAGUCUCAAUUUUGGUUGGAAAAAUUAAUUAUACCGAAGAUAUGUCGAAAUUGUUGGAGCUCUCGAGGAACGUCGCAAACCAAACUGACAUCUUGCAUCAUAUUCGAGCGUGGCCCAAUGACUUUCAGGACUUUGUGAUGAUCCAUCAUCAAAAAAAUAUUAAUAAUUUGACAGAUGUUGAGUUGCGUACUUAUCUCUCGCAAUUUCUGUAUAGUCAAUCCGGAGGAAGAUAUCAGCCCAAUUUUCGGUUCGAACAUCCCUUGAAAUGUGGCGAACCGACGCCAAAUGUGACAGUUUCUCAAAUUACGUUCAAAUUUAAGAAAUUUUACGAGCGCGAGGAUUAUUUGCCGGCUCAACACAAGAUGGAAGAUUUAGUAAAAGAGGCGAAUCUCAGUAGCGGCGAAGGAUUUUCCACGGUUUGGGGCAAAGUUUUCGGAAAUUGGAUCACCGAUGAGAUUAUCGAUCAGGAAAUUUAUCGAAAUAUCGGUUUGGCGCUUUUGGGAGUCAUGGGAUGCACCAUGAUCGUGAUUGUGAAUGUCCAAGUGUGCUUCUGGAUAUUCGUUACGGUGCUUCUGACAUUAAUUAAUGUCGGCGGUUGCAUGCAACGAGUAGGCCAAACGCUAGAUAUCGUCUCGUGCAUCGCUCUGCAACUCUCUGUGGGACUUUGCGUCGAUUAUGCGGCACACAUUGGUCACACUUUUCUCACGAUCAACGAAGGAAAUCGCACCGAACGUGCCCUCAAGACGACUUUACAUAUCGGAGCUGCCGUUUUUUACGGAGGCGGCAGCACAAUUUUAGCUCUCUCAGUAUUAGCGAAUUCGCAAGCGUACACGUAUCGGUCAUUUUUCAGGAUUUUCUUCUUGGUUAUUGCGUUCGGGUUGUUCCAUGGCGUCGUUUUGCUGCCCGUGAUUUUGAGUGUGGUUGGUCCGAGACCUUAUAAAAAGUGUGAGAAGCCAGCGUUGAAGGAAACGGAAAUGGAGGCGAUUUCUUUCAUCGAUCGACCGGAAGACAUGAAAGAUAAAGUGACAAACGGAUAUAUUCCAGUUAAUAAAAUAAGUUUAGGUGAAACUUAGAAAAAAAAGACACCGUCCAAAAUUUAGUGCAAAUUAUGAAUCUGAUUAAAAAAAUGCUUUUUAUUAAAAAAAAUACAAAAAAGGGAAAUAAAGUGAUAUUAUUAGAAUUAUUAA